AUGUCUCAACAAGAUGUCGAGUUCAAGACCAUGGAUGGUGUCACUCUGCGAGGUCGAAUGUAUAUCGCCUCGAGUCGAGGACCUGGUAUUGUGAUGAGUCCAGGGUUCAAUGCUGUCAAAGAGAUGGUAGGCCUGCCAAACGUGGCUGUAGCCUUUCAGCAGUCCGGAAUCACAGUGCUUAUGUAUGACCCACGAACCACUGGGCUUAGUGAUGGCGAGCCGCGCAACGAUAUCGACCCCUUUACGCAGAUCGACGACUACUCAGAUGCGCUGAGCUUUCUGGCUGUUCAUCCUAUGGUGGACCAGACUCGUAUGGGGAUUUGGGGGAUGUCUCUUUCUGGGGCAGUCGCACUAGCAUGUGCAGCAGUUGACCCACGCGCCCGCUUCGUCGUCGCCAUCUGCCCAGCUACAGUCUUUCCUUUUACGCAGGCCAAGAUACCUAGCGUACUUGGGAAAGCUGCGAAGGAUCGGGAGUCCCAGUUAAAGGGUAACGAUCCGUUCUAUCUCCCGAUGCUCAACGGAGCGGGCGACAAUCCAGCUGGGGCCAAUCUAGGCAUUGACAAGGAUGCCGCUCUGCGCAUUAUCAGCGCACAGGACGAAAGUAUCCCCACUCGCCAAGCCUUAGCUGCCAAUCAUGUCAAUCGUACAACCAUCCAAUCUUAUCGGAAGCUCGUAAUGUGGAAUCCAACUCCGAUCUAUAGGCAUCUGGCUGUGCCGGUGAUGUUUGUGGUGCCGGAGUUGGAUCAGCUCUUCCCUGCUGCGGAACAACAGCAGACGUUCAAGAAUCUCCCGGGAACCAUGAACCAAGUCCAUGUCGAACCGGGAGUAGCCCACAUGGAUGUUCUCGAGGGGAGCAUUUGCCGGAUUUGA